ACCGAAGGAGCGCAGGAAAACAGCGGAACUGUCUGGAGCGCUGGAAAACUGAGUGAUGGAUGGUAGCGUGAAGGAGGGAGGCGGGGAGGAACACAGAACGGCGAGUUCCCCAGAAGAUGACAAGGCCACGGAGGGGUCAGAUGCCCCUGACGCCGCAGAAGACUCGGGAGCCACUGUUUCUAUGCCCGGGCGUGGCUCAGAGGAGCAGGCAGAGGCAGGGACAGAGCAGACCGUGUCCCACUCCCUCAUGGGGACGAGCGGAGCAGAGCUGGCUCACCUGGAGGCCAGUGCAUCUGAGCAGGUUUUAUCCCUGCCGCUGCCCCCGUACCCCUCCCAGCUGUCCUCCGCCAACCGCGGGACCGAGCUGAUGCCCUACGAGGACGAUGAGGGGGACGGGGGUGUGGAGGACCUGGUGGUGCUGGAUCCAGAACAUCCCCUGAUGAAAAGGUUCCAGGCCGUCCUGAAGACUCAUCUCAGCAAGCAACUCGAGAGACUCAACCUGGACUUACGGGAGAAAUUGGCCAUGGAGAAGUCGGAGGCGUCUCAGCGCGAGGCGCUGGGCGUGGAGCUGUACUCCGUGCAGCUGGAGCUGGCGCGGCUGCAGGCGCAGCUGGAGGCCCAGCACGAGGCCAACAUGCAGGCCAACACGCAGCACCGCCAGGCCCUGCAGCAGCUGGAGGUCGUCAGGGGCCAGCACCUCAGCACCAACAGCCAGACCACCAAGCAGCGCGCCAGGGUGACGCAGCUGCAGGCGGAGGUGGAGAGCGUGGCCAGCCGGCUCUUCUACAUGAAGGAGGUGAGCGACGACCUGCGCUCCGACAUCGCCGUCAUGAAGAAUGCCUCGCGCAAGGCCGGCGCCGAGAAGACAGAGGCUGAGGAGCUGAAACAGAAGCAGGAUCUGUAUGUGGAGCGGCUGACUAAGAACGUGGAGCGUCUGACGGAGGAGAUUGGCAUGUACGAGGUGCAGACAGUGGCCCAGACGCAGGAGACACAAGCCGCCAAGGAGGCCCUGGGAGAGGCUCAGUUGGAGAUGGAUGCUCUUCAGGUGGAGCGUAAGCAGCUGAUGCAGCAGUGGAACAGCAGCCUGGUGGGCAUGAGGAAGAGAGACGAAGCCUAUACCGCCAUGCAGGAUGCACUACUGCAGGCCAACCACGAGGUGCACUCGCUGGACACGGAGAUCGAGGGCUUCAAGAAGUCCAUCACGGCCGAGGAGGAGCGCAACGAGCUGCUGACCGUGCUGCUCAACCGCGCCCAACUGGACGGCGCCACCUGGCGCAAGCUGAUUGGCCAGUGCCAGAGCCAGCAGGAGGCGCUGCACUCGCAGUACAGCACCUACACGCGCAUGCUGCACGAGCACGAGAGCUCCCUCUCCAGACUUAACGUGGAGAGUAGUGUUCGCCAGUCGGAGGUGAUGGGCCUGAGGAAGCAGCUGGAGAAGGAGUCGAGUGUGCGUCUGGCUCUGGAGGAGCGGAUCGUGGCCAAGCUCCAGGAGCAGUUCACCCACGACCAAGCAGCCAAGUACUCCAAGCGGCUCACCGGCAAGAUGGCCACCCACAAGAGGGAGCUGGAGUCUCAGCUGUCGGUGGUGGAGAACGAGCUGGCCGGCCUGAGCCUAUCGGCCAGCGAGGCGGAGCAGCGCGUGGAGACGCAGGCGCGCGUCCUGGCCGAGCAGGAGCAGGAGAUCUCGCGCCGCCACGCCCUGCUCUCCGCCAGCGAGGCCCAGGUGGCCAAGCAGGUCACCGUCAUCGAGCGCAAGCAGGCCACCAUCAACCUCUACAACAAGCGCAUACAGCAGAUCGUGGCAGCUACUGGGCACGAGGACCUGGGUCCGCUGGAGAUCCGGGCCUCCACGCUGAGCAAGGAGCUGGAGGAGGUGGCGUCGGAGAUGAAGGAGCAGCAGCAGUUCUGGCUCUGGCAGCAGGGAGAGCUGGUGAGGCUGUCCCAGGAGAAGCAGACGCAGAGCACCGAGCUGCACAAGCUGCAGACGCAGUACACCAUCCUGCAGCAGAGGAAAGUCCGCACCGAGAGUGAGAUUGAGCAGGAGCGUCGCGAGCAGUCGGAGCUGGAGAGGCACAUGAAAGGUCUCCGCGGCGACAUGCUGAAGCUCAACUCCCUGCUGAGCGACAACAGCCAGCUCAGGCAGGCCCUGGAGCAGGGCAACGUGCUGAUGGAAAACGAGUUCCUCACAAGACUCAAGGAGGCUGAGCGGGACGCCAUCGACAUGCAGAUGCAGCUGGAGAAGAUCCAGGAGGAGAAGGAGAGACUCCUCAACAGUCUGGUGGAGGCAGAGCGUCAGGUGAUGCUGUGGGAGAAGAAGAUUCAGCUGGUGAGGGAGACGCGUCUGGCUGUGGACUCAGAGGUGGGCCAGGGGGACAUCAAGGCCAUGAAGACAGAAAUACACCGCAUGGAGGUGCGCUACACCCAGCUCCUGAAGCAGCAGGAGCAGCUGUUGCGGGACAUGGAGUCUGCGGUGGAGCGGCGCGAGAGCAUCGUGCUGCGGAGCGAGGCCCAGGCACGCUUCCAAGGCCAGCGCAAGCCCACCACCAACACCGACUUGCACAACAUACUGUUAGGACUCAGGCGCAAGACCACCGAGACACACAAGCAAGCGGAGGAGUGUGACGGCGUGCUGGAGGAUCUGAGGGCGUCUCAGGACUCCCUGAGCGGGCAGCUGAGGGAGAAGCAGCAGUACCUGACGGAGCUCUGCAGCGCCAGCACCGUGCUGGCAGACGACCUCAACAACCUCCAGGACUCCAAGAGCAAGAACCUGGCCCGGUUGGUGGCUCUGCAGGGUCGCACUAAGCAGCUGGUGGCAGUGCGCGAGGGUCGCUACACGCCGCUGGCGUCGGGCGAGGCCCCGCUGUCCGCCGCCCUGCAGAGGGAGCAGGAGAGGCUGGCCGGGGUGGCCACCGUGCUGCAGCGCAUCUGCCACCACAUGCCCCAGCACCAGGGGGCGCUCCGGCGCAUCACGCUGGCACUCAGCCCCCACGUCCAGCAGAGCCAGUGAGGAAGGGGAGCCGGAGCCUUGGGGAGGGGAUGGGGAAGGAUGUGGAGGGGGGAAGGUUAUAUCAAGGGAAGGGAGAGGAGAGGGAUGGGAUGGGAGGAGAGAAGGAGAGAGGAAAGAGGGGAAACAUAGUUCCUUUGAGGAGGAGAAGGGGUGGGUGGAAGUUUAGUAUGGGAAGGGAGAUAUUAUGGAAUAUUAUAUAAAAUGUAGAAAUAAAUGGGGGUUCUUAUGUGGUAGGGGGUUGGUAAAGAGCCAGUGAGGAAUGGGAGCAGGGGCAAGGGGAUGGGGAGGGGAGUGGAGAAGAGGAGAGGGGAAUAACUAUGGAAUGGUAGAAAAGAGAGAUUAGGUAUAGUAUGGAGUGGAAGGACAGGCAAAUACAGGGGAUACUGUAGUGAGAGGGUCGGUAAGGGGGAUCAUGGAAAAAAUCUAUUUUUGAUUUUGGUUUGGUUUCUCAGGACUUGAUCCACUCAGGGCAUCAUAUGGGCCAGCUGGUCAGCAGUGGUUUGAAUUUUUUUGCAACAAAUAUUAUACAUGAAAUAUGAACUAUUAUUAAUAAUAAAAUGAUGAAGCAUGA